AUGGACAUUUACAAGGCCAACCUCACGGGCCUCGUCGGCCUCUGUGCCGCACUGUACGCUGGGCAACAGUUUUGGCAGAGCUCAGCCGAGCAGGACACAAAGGACGACAGCAACACGUCCACGGGCGAGUCGAAUAGCACCGACUCCGCCAAGCAAGAAAAGAAGGCCCUGCGGGCCAAAAAGGCGCGAGAGGGCCGUGAAGCGGCGGCGGCAGCACACGCCGCCCGGGCGUCGGACUUUUUGUCCGUCUAUGCCCUCGUCAUGGCCGCCGACUGGCUCCAGGGGCCCUUUCUCUACUCGCUGUACACCGACGAGCACCAUGUUUCGCCAGCCCGUGUCCCCUUGUUGUUCGCCACGGGGUUUGUGGCCGGCGGCGUGAGCGCAUCUGUGGUGGGCGGCAUGGCGGACCAGCACGGACGCAAGCGGGCAUGCCUGGUGUUCUGCGGCACCUACGCAGCGUCGUGCGUACUGACAGUGGUGUCGGCGUCGCUUCCUGUGCUGCUGCUGGGACGCAUGCUCGGUGGCGUGAGCACGAGCCUGCUGUUCAGUGUGUUUGAGAGCUGGAUGGUGACGGACUUUUGGGAGAAUGAAAAGUUUGGGGCGGCAAAUGUCACCGCCGCCAUCGGCGUCGACAAUGACCGCGUCGCCGGUGCAGACGUCGACGACAAGAGGGAAAAGGACGAGUCCGAGCGGCAGGCGUCGGCUCGACUGUCGCACACGUUUGGCCGCAUGGGUACGCUCAACAGCCUGGCAGCGAUUGCCAGCGGUGUGUUCAGCGAGUGGGUGGUAGCCGCGACGGGUACGCGCAAGGCCCCGUUUGUGGCGAGUGCAGUGUUGCUGGGCAUCGCGGCAUGGCGGAUCGCGGGCGCAUGGGAGGAGAACUUUGGCGAGGCGGCCACAAAAGACCGAGCGGACGGCGGCGGGCGCGUGCUGGCGGUGCUGCGGGAUCCGGUGGUGCUGGUGCUGGGACUGGCGUCGACGCUUUUUGAGGGCUCCAUGUACCUGUUUGUCUUUUUCUGGACGCCGGCCUUGAAGCAAGCAGCAGAGUCGUCCUCGUCCACUUCCUCGUCCCCAUCCUCACCGUCCCUCCCCUAUGGCAUCAUCUUUGCCAGCUUCAUGGCCGCCGCCAUGGCCGCAACGCUCGCAUUCAACGUCAUCACAGCCCAGCUGCGGCUCAUGCGAUGUGCCACAUUGCUGCUGGCUCUGCUGGGGGCCGCCGAGGUCGUCUUCUACCUGCUGUCAUCGUCCUCCUCUAGCCUCUCGGAGCAGUCUGUCUUCUGGCUGUUUUGCCUUUUCGAAGCGUGUGUCGGCACCUACUGGCCGUGUAUGGGCUUCCUCAAGGGCCAGCUUGUGCCCGACGGCGCACGGGCGCAAGUGUAUGCGUUGCUGCGGGUGCCGCUCAACGUGUUUGUCGUGGCUGCGCUUCUUCUGACGCGUGACGGCACCUAUGCGGCGGUUUUUGGUGUGUGCUCGACGUUGCUGCUGGCGGCUAUUGCCGGCGUAGUGGCUAUGAUGCUGAAUGAGCCGGAUCUGCCAUGA